CAGAGAUGAUCUACAUAAAAUCUAGGGUUCACAACGGAUCUUCUCUCCAAAACCACCCUAUAAAUAAGGGUUAUCUCUCCCUCUCUCCCAUUGUGAAUUCCAGUUUGGAUACUUGGUUCCCCAUACUGCAGAGAUGGAGUUCAGAGUAGCUUAUUGGGACAUGAUGAGGAAGAUGUAUUUGAUGCAAAUGGAACCGAUGAUGCAAAUGCCAAGGGAAUUGAAGGAGCAGGAUUUGAUUAGCCGCGUUGGAAAAUCAGAGAAUGGUGGUGACGGCGAAGUGGGUUGUUAUCAUAAUCUUGGUCUGCUGCAUAACAACCCAACUGUUCAUCAUCCUUUCACUGUCUUCAAUGGCCCCUCACCAAUCCCUCCACAGGUUGGGAAAACCCAUGAACUGACAAUUGGAGCAAGUGCAUUUAGGUCAUGGGCCCCAAGCUACAACCAAGUUACCUACACCGCCAACACCACCACUUGUGAACGGGUAAGUAACAGCCAUGGACUGAUCACUGGAGGAAGCUCUUUCCGGCCGUGGGUUACCCCUAGCCCAUACCGUGCCACCCGCACCUACAAGAUUAACAACCGUACUAGUGGGUUCGUUAAUCUCUUGGGUUCAACUUCUGGAAUGGCAUCUCUUCGUCGUCGUCCUCGUCCUAUUAUCCCCAAACUCGCAGUUAAGUAUGGUGAACUUGAUCUGAGUUUGGCACUAUCUCAACCUAUUUAUAACAAGGAGGACCCUGUGGGCAACAAGAAAACUCCAGUUAGGAGCGCAAAGGUGGCUGUACUGAAUACCGGCAAUGGCUCCGAAAAUGGAAACAAAGCAUGUAACUUCUGCAAAACAAACAAUACACCGUUAUGGCGCAAUGGACCUCAUGGCCGAAAGACUCUCUGCAACGCCUGUGGAAUUCGGCUCAAGAAGAAGCAAAAGAAGAUUAUGGAGAUUAGUACAGUGACCCUCUUCAAACCCAGAAAUGUAAUUAAGAAACCAUAAGGACUGAUUGUGAUGGUGGGGAUAAUGUUGUAUGAGGAGUAAGGUUAUCUGUAGUGCAUGAGAUGAUGUAGUGAUGAACCAUACCAAAUAAUAAAAAGCUUUUAUUUUAGGGGGUA